AUGAAGCCCAGGGAAAAGGACUCAGCAGAUAACAAAGAAAGCGACUUGGAGGAAAAGAAACUGGACUGGUCCUGCUCGUUGAUCGUGGCAUCUCUCGUGGGCGCCUUCGGCUCCUCCUUCCUCUACGGGUACAACCUCUCUGUGGUGAACGCCCCGACUCCGUACAUCAAGGCCUUUUACAAUGAGUCAUGGGAAAGAAAGCGUGGACAUCCCCUAGACUCAGACACUCUGACUCUGCUCUGGUCUGUGACCGUGUCCAUAUUCGCCAUCGGUGGACUCGUGGGAACGUUCCUGGUGAAGAUGAUCGGAAAAUUUCUUGGGAGGAAGAACACUUUGCUGGUCAACAAUGGAUUUGGGAUUUCUGCCGCGUUGCUGAUGGCCUGUUCUCUCCCAGCUGGAGCCUUGGAAAUGCUCAUCGUGGGACGUUUCAUCAUGGGCGUACAUGGAGGCAUCGCCCUCAGCGCGCUCCCCAUGUACCUGAGUGAGAUCUCGCCCAAGGAGAUGCGCGGCUUGCUGGGGCAGGUGACCGCCAUCUUCAUCUGCAUCGGGGUCUUGGCGGGGCAACUGCUGGGCCUCCCGGAGCUGCUGGGAAAGGAGAGCACCUGGCCAUACCUGUUUGGAGUGAUCAUCAUCCCUGCCUUGGUCCAGCUGGUGAGCCUGCCCUUUCUGCCCAAGAGCCCGUGCUACCUGCUCUUGGAGAAGCAUGACCAGGAGGGAGCUGAGAAAGCCUUCCGGACAUUCCUGGGCAAAGAGGACGUCUCCCGCGAGGUGGAGGAGGUCCUGGCGGAGAGCCGCGUGCAGAGGAACAUCCGGCUGGUAUCCGUGCUGGAGCUGCUCAGGAGUCCCUUCGUCUGCUGGCAGCUCAUAACCGUGGUCAUCUCCAUGGGCUGCUACCAGCUCUGCGGCCUCAAUGCGAUUUGGUUCUACACCAACAGUAUCUUUGGAAAAGCUGGAAUCACUCCAGAAAAGAUCCCAUACAUCACCUUGAGCACAGGUGGCACUGAGACUCUGGCUGCCAUCUUCUCUGUAAGUAAAUCGAGGAUUAUUCCUGAGAACAUCGUGGGGUUUAAAUAG